AUGUCAUUACCUUUGAUUAGUCUUUUGCUACUUCUUCAGCCUUUACCAAUGGUGUGUGAGAUGACAUAUAUCAGCUGCCUUGAAUACCUGAAGCCAAAUGUCUACAAGGAUGGGGACUUGGUACUGGGUGGGUUUUUCCCUCUUUAUACCAUGGUAGAUGAUGAAGCGAUACUUCAAAUACAUUUUCCGAUGAGGCCAUCUCAAGUAGUGAAAGAUUCCCGGUACCACUGGAAGAACUACCAAUAUGUCUUGACCUUUCUCUUUGCCAUUGAGGAGAUCAAUAAAAGCCCCCAUUUGCUUCCCAACCUUUCCCUGGGUUAUGAUCUCUACAAUGCAUUUCCGAGUGACAAAAGAACUUUACAAAAUGCUCUGUUCUUGCUCUCUGGAGGGAAUCAGACCCCACCAAACUAUAACUGCCAGACACAGAAACAACCUGUUGCUAUCAUUGCAAAAAAUGCACCCACAAUUUCAUCCCAAGUUGGAACUCUUUUUGAGCUCUACAAAAGCCCACAGGUAAGUUUUUCUUUUCUUAUUCAGGUCACUUAUGGUUCUUUUGUUCCCACCCUAAGUGAUAAAGACCAAUUUCCAUCAGUUUAUCAGAUGGCCAACAAGGACAGCUCUCUGAUUCAUGGAAUCAUCUGGUUGUUACUGCAAUUUGGCUGGACAUGGGUGGCAUUCUAUGUGUCUGAUGAUAUGCAAGGGGAGCAGUUCCUUCGAGAUAUAAAGUCAAAGAUGAUAGAAACGGAUAUCUGUGCGGCCUUUACAGAAAAGCUCCCUGCCACAAAAGGUGUCUUUAUGUUAUGUGACUUGACUCUUGUGAAGAGGGUCAGAGUUUCAUCUGCAAAUGUUUAUAUAAUACAUGCUGAUGAAGAGAGUGUCUGCAGCCUGGGGAUGAAAAAAUCAUUCUGGUUGAUUUUGGGAAAGGUUCGGAUCAUGAGAAAUUUCCAAUCCUCACAGUGGGAAACUAUUUUCAAUGUUUUGUAUGACAUGCCAUACUUUUUCCAUGGAAGCCUCUUAUUUUCAUCCAAAAAAAAGGAAAUUCCUUGUUUUAAACAAUUUCUCCAAACACUGAACCCUUCCCAAUACCCAGAAGAUUUUUACUUCAGUAAAUUUUGGGUUUCUUUUUUUAAUUGCUCACUUACUGGGUCACUAUGUGGCAAACUUGGAGACUGCCCACCUAAUUCUUCCAUAGAGUUUCUAUCAUCUGAUUUGGACAUGAUGACCAUGUCUGACUCCAGGUUUUUUAUCUAUCAUGCUGUGCAUGUGGUGGCCCAAGUUCUUUAUAAGAUGCUCUUACAUAAAAUAGAAAUAGGAUCUCUAGAAGAUGCAAACCAACCUAUUCUUCCCUGGCAGCUUCAUGCAUUUCUGAGGAAAAGCCAUUUGACAAAUAGCAUCGGGUACAACACGCUCCUAGAUGAAAAAAGAAAUAUAAUACAGUAUGAUAUUGACAACCUCGUGAGAUUUCCUAAUAACAGUUGGCUGUUGGUUAAAGUAGGAGAUUUUGUCUACAGGAGCACCCAUGAUCAAGGCUUGGUCAUCAAUGAAGAGAUGAUAAACUAGCCUGUUAGUUUUAAAGAGACUCCUGAGUCUGUGUGUAGUCACAGCUGUGUUCCUGGAUUCCAGAAAAUUCCCCAAGAAGGAAGACCUGUUUGUUGCUUUAUUUGUGCUUCUUGCCCAGAUUCAGCUAUUUCAAAUCAAACAAAUGCGAAGCAGUGUGUCCAGUGCCCAGCUCAAGAGUAUCCAAACAGUGAGAGAAUUCACUGCCUCCCCAAACCUGUGACCUUCCUGGCUUUUGAGGAUACUUUGGGGACAGCUCUGGCCUGCAUGGCGCUGUGCUUCUUUGUUCUCACAGCUGUAGUUUUGGGAGUCUUUGUGAAGCACAGAGACACGCCCAUUGUCAAGGCCAACAACCAGGCUCUCAGCUUUAUUCUGCUCAUCUCUCUCCUGUUGUGCUUCCUCUGCUCCUUGCUCUUCAUUGGCCAUCCAAAUGCAAUCACCUGUGUCCUCCAACAAGUCACAUUUGGCCUUGUGUUCACUGUAGCUGUUUCCACUGUCCUGGCCAAAACAAUUACUGUGAUUCUGGCAUUCAAUGCUGUGAAACCUAGAAGAACAAUGAGGUGCUUGCUGCUCUCAGGGGUUUCUAACUCUGUCAUUCCUAUUUGCUCCCUGAUCCAAAUGAUUAUCUGUGGAAUCUGGCUGGGAACCUCUCCCCCUUUCAUUGACAUAGACUCACAUUCUGAGCCUAGAAACCUCAUCAUUGUGUGCAACAAGGGCUCAGUCACUGCCUUCUACUGUGUCCUGGGCUACCUGGGCUUCUUGGCUGUGGGGAGUUUCACUGUGGCUUUCCUGGCCAGGAACCUGCCUGACACAUUCAAUGAAGCCAAGCUUCUCACAUUCAGCAUGCUGGUGUUCUGCAGUGUCUGGGUCACAUUUGUCCCCGUCUAUCACAGCACCAAGGGGAAGUUCAUGGUGGCUGUGGAAGUCUUCUCCAUCUUGGCCUCCAGUGCAGGGCUCCUAAGCUGCAUCUUUGUGCCCAAGUGCUACAUUAUUCUGAUAAGCCCUGGUGAGAACUCCUGGAAAGCUUUAAAAAACAGAAAGAGUUCCAAAUAA